AAGAAGAAGAAGGGCCGUCAUGGCGGACCUGAACCGACAACUCCAGGAGUACCUGGCCCAGUCCAAAGGCGGCGGCGCCAAGACCAUCUCCCAGUCUGGCUCCAGCACCGCGGUGGACCUGGGUGAGCCCGAGCCCGUGCCCGGGAGCUGGUUCGGGCGGUGGUCCAGCCCGUGGCCAGGGAGUCGCGGCGGCAGUCCUUCCGGGCAGAGCUCGAGUGGGAGCGGCGGUUUCUCCUGGCCGUGGUCGGCCGAGCCGGACCCCUGCCUGCCGGGCAUGAGCCGCCGGCAGCGGCUGGUGGCAUUCGGAGUGUGCGUGUCAUUCUCGGCUCUCUGCUUCGGCCUGUCGGCGCUGUACGCCCCGCUGCUGCUGCUCUACGCCCGCAAGUUCGCGCUUCUCUGGUCGCUCGGUUCGGUGUUCGCCAUCGCGGCCGCGGCGAUCCUCCGGGGCCCCAGCAGGAUGGUCGCCGGCCUGCCCACCUCCCCUGGAGCCGCCGUGUACCUGUGCGCCCUCGGGGGGACCCUGUACGCGGCGCUGAGCCUCCAUAGCACCGUGCUGACUGCGCUGGGUGCUGCCCUGCAGGUCGCUGUCAUCGUCGGCUACGUGGUGUCACUGCUUCCCGGAGGCAGCGCCGGGAUCCGGUUCAUGGGGAGCAUGGCGGCGUCUGCCAUCAAAAGGACCGUCACCGGGAAAACCAUGCCGAUCUGACCGGGAGCCGCAGACGUGAGAGUGGACAGGUAUCACUGAUAGGCGAUCAGGCUCCAAACCAGGGCCCGGGGGCCCUCCAGGGGCCGCUGAAGAGUUUGCAGCGGUCCAGAUUACCUGCCAGGACUUUCAUCUAAGGACCUUUGAUUAUUAUUAUUGAUUACUGACUGCUUAUAGUUUACUGCAGAGGGCUCUAACCCCCGAACUUUGCCCUGCAGGGCAGGCUGCUGGCAUUCUGAGGACCAAAUAAAGACUAAAAAACCUUU